CGCGAAUCGCGAAUCCCAGGCAUCAGAGGGCGCUUGGUACAUUUUUGCGUUAUGUUUUUUCCGAGGGACAGAAGGGUGCUCAGUGUGUAGAAUCGUGAUUUUUUCCGAAUUUUGCCGCUUUCACACACAAGAACCAGACGAACCGAACACCCAAUGAAUAUACCUGAAAAUGGCUGACGAACAGGAAAUCAGGCGGCUCGAGCUACUCUGCAAGCAAUUGUAUGAAUCCCAGGACAGCGGCAUCCGAUCCGAAGCGGAAAAAUCGUUAGUGGUGUUUCAGGACAGCUCAAAUGCCCUCACAAAAUGCCAAGCUUUGCUGGACAGGGGCGACUCUGCCUAUGCCCAACUAUUGGCAGCCACCACUCUGACCAAACUAGUCUCCAGAAGUUCCCAUGGUCUGAGCGUUCAACAAAGAGUCGAUAUACGGAAUUACAUUCUGAAUUAUCUGGCCACCAGGCCCAAGUUGCCCACUUUUGUUGUACAGGCUCUAGUGACGCUUUUCGCUCGAAUCACCAAACUGGGCUGGUUCGAUGCCCACAAGGAAGAACUCUUGUUUAGAAAUGUGGUGGCCGAUAUCAGCAAAUUUCUACAGGGCUCAGUUGAACAUUGCAUGAUCGGCGUGCAGCUCCUUUCGCAACUCACCAGCGAAAUGAAUCAGAUAACCGACAUUGAAGCGAAUAGGUCGUUAACGAAGCAUAGGAAAAUAGCCUCCUCCUUUAGAGAUACGCAGCUAUUCGAAAUAUUUAGGCUAUCGUGUAGCUUGCUUAGUACGGCUAGAGAAAGCUGCAAGAAUCUAAACUUCAACGAUGAACAUCAACAUGGGCUAAUGACUCAUCUACUGCGGCUAUCGCAGAACUGUUUAACCUUCGAUUUCAUAGGAACUUCUACUGAUGAGUCCUCUGAUGACUUGUGUACAGUCCAGAUACCGACUAGUUGGCGACCGGCAUUUCUGGAUUUUACAACGUUAAAGUUAUUCUUCGAUUUGUACGAUUCGCUUCCCAACACGCUUUCGAAUCUAGCUUUAACGUGUUUGGUGCAAAUCGCCUCCGUGCGACGAUCAUUGUUCAGCAAUACGGAAAGAGCAAAGUUCUUAACUCAUCUGGUCAAUGGCGUCACACAUAUCCUGAGGAAUCCACAAAGCUUAAGCGACCCGGCCAAUUAUCACGAAUUCUGCAGACUGUUGGCAAGACUGAAGACGAAUUAUCAGUUAGGCGAACUGGUCAUGGUCGAUGGCUAUCCGGAGACUAUUCAGUUGAUCACUAAAUUCACAAUUCAAAGCCUCCAGAUGUGGCAGUUCGCGCCUAACAGUAUUCACUAUCUGCUGUCUUUAUGGCAAAAAAUGGUAGCUUCAGUGCCGUACGUGAAGGCGACCGAACCGCAUCUACUGGAGCAAUACGCGCCUGGAGUCACUAGUGCAUAUGUAAGCGCAAGACUCGAAUCCGCCGCUGUGGUAGUCAGAGAAGGCUUAGAAGAUCCCUUAGACGAUCUCGGAAUGCUGCAUCAGCAACUGGAACAACUAUCUGUGAUCGGUCGUUGCGAGUAUGUUCAAACCUGUACUGUUCUGGUGCAACUGUUUGAUCGAACGGCCGCUGCUUACCAGGACCUACUGGCUUCUUCCGCUCAACCCGUUGAGAUUGCUGUGAAAGAAGCACAACUCACCUGGUUAGUUUAUAUUAUUGGAGCUUCGAUCGGAGGUCGUGUAUCGUUCAAUUGCAACGAGGAGCACGACACAAUGGAUGGAGAACUUGUCUGUCGAGUUCUUCAGUUGAUGAAUUUGACCGAUAAUCGGUUGGCUCAAGGUGGCUGUGAAAAGUUGGAACUUGCGAUGUUAACCUGCUUCGAAUACUUUAGGAAAACCUAUGUGGGCGAUCAAGUUCAACGGAAUUCCAAAGUGUACAGGCGGUUAUCGGAAGUUCUGGGGUUGAGUGAAGAACCGAUGGUGCUUAGCGUAUUUAUGAGGAAAAUCAUAACAAAUUUGAAGUAUUGGGGACGAAAUGAGACGUUAAUCGGGAAAACUCUGCAUCUUUUAAGCGAACUGUCGGUCGGGUACAGUUGCGUCAGGAAGCUAGUAAAAUUAGACGAGGUCGAAUUUAUGCUCAACAACCACACAAGCGAGCAUUUUCCAUUCUUGAGCAACACAGCCCAAGUCAAGGAAAUGAAAUGCCGUUCGCUGUUUUAUACGGCGUUGGGCAGGCUGCUCACGGUGAACUUAGGAGAGGAUGAGGAGCGGUUCCAUAAUUUUUUGUUGCCCUUAACAACUUCGUUCGAAAGUUUAGGGCUGCUACUAACCGCAUCCGAUACGUCCAUAUUUGUGACCGAAGACGUUAAAAAGGUCCUAAUUGGCUUGGCCCGAGACCUGCGAGGAUUAACAUACUCGUUUAUCUCCAAGCUAUCAUACAUGAUGCUCUUUGAAUGGAUAUAUCCAAACUAUACUCCAAUUUUCCUUAGAGCGAUCGAGCUGUGGUACCAUGAUCCUGAGGUCACAACGCCCGUGCUCAAGUUCUUUACCGAAUUAGUUCAUAACAGAUCGCAACGGCUACAGUUUGAUGUUUCAUCACCGAACGGCAUAUUGCUCUUCAGGGAAGCUAGCAAAAUUAUCUGUAGUUAUGGAACUCGUAUCUUAAACGUAGAGGUAACCAAAGAACAAACGUACUCCAUGAAGCUGAAAGGGAUUUCAAUAUGUUUCUCCAUGCUAAAAUCGGCGCUUUGUGGCAGCUACGUGAAUUUCGGCGUGUUUCGAUUGUACGGCGAUGAAGCGCUAGACAACGUCUUGAAUGUGUUCGUUAAAAUGCUGUUGUCCAUUUCCCAUAGCGAUCUGCUAGAUUAUCCAAAAUUGUCCCAGACGUACUAUUCCCUGCUCGAGUGUCUGGCUCAGGACCACAUGCCGUUCUUAGCGACAAUGGAACCACAUGUUUUCCUGUACAUCCUCACAUCGAUCUCUGAAGGAAUGCAAGCCUUAGGUGGGCGUUAUAAUCACUUUACAGAUACCACGGUCUGUACAGGAUGUUGCACCACUCUGGACCAUAUCGUUUCCUAUAUAUUCAAGCAUCUGACUCAGAAAACUUUCCCUUUGAAAAAUCAAGGCAACCCGGCCACAGCAGAAAUGUUUCUGAAAGUGCUAGAGAUGCACCCGGAGAUUCUGCACCAAAUCUUGAACUUUAUCUUAAAUGCCGUGAUGUACGAAGAUUGCCGAAAUCAGUGGUCAAUGUCCAGACCGCUACUUGGAAUUAUCCUGCUGCACGAGGACUAUUUUGCGCAAAUGCGAGAAAAUAUCAUCAGGAGUCAGCAUCCAGAUAAACAAGCGAUCAUGGCCAAAUGGUUUGAUACUUUAAUGGAUGGAGUAGAAAGAAAUUUGCUAGUUACUAAUAGAGAUAGAUUUACACAUAAUUUAUCAAUAUGCAGACGAGAUAUGUACGAUUCCCUGAAAGUUUGCAAUCCGAACAAUUCGGUGACUGAUAUGAUGACUUCAUAGCUAUUGCAUAUCGGUCUAAGUGCGAUUUGUAUAAAGUAAACGAAUAAAAGUGGGAAGUGCACGGCGGACCGUUAAUAGUUAGUUUAUUUAUAGUUUCACCGUUACGUUUCUGCAUUUAAUUUUAUUAUGAUGUAGUCAACUGAUUGUCUGUAUUGGUAUUUAAAAUGUAAACUCAUUUUUGGACAACCAGCUUAUUAAAUUCAUUAGGUUGUAAAGAAUAUUCCUAAUUUAGACGACUGUUUCAAUAAAAUCAUGAAAACAAAAACCAGUUUUUAUGGUUGUCUCAGAAUGGGCACUUAAAAUUAAAUAAUGGUGAGUGUUAGGAAUCAUCGUGUGGGUUUUCAUUUCCUGUAUACAAAGUAUGUUAAAGGAUGCAGGAUGAUCAAUGGAUUUUACUUGGUUAUACUUUGUACAUUGUUUAUAGACUUUGUAAUGUAAAAAACUUGUAAGAUUUUUACAAAUAAUAUAUGAAGCUUCAUUGCAGGAAA